UAAGAAAAAAUUUGUCGCAACGAUGUGUCUCAGAAAAGAACUUAGCAAUGUUCAAAAAGGGGGAAUUAUUGCUGCAAAAAAAUUAGGCCAUUCAAAUUCCAGAAUCUCUGCAGUUGUUGGUUGCUCUCAUUCCUUUGUUCGACAUGUAUGGAAGUCAUAUGAGUUAAAACAACUUCUGAAGAAACAAACAGGUCGACCACGAAUCCUUAACGAAGCAGAAUGCAAACAUCUCAAGCAUACCAGUGGUUAG